AUGGACGGGACUGUUAAUGAAACAAACCAGAGCAUUCCCAUGCUUGCUGGAAGCAAAUAUCAUCUCUACAUUGGCUUGGCUCUGGCAAUAGGCUCCAGUACCUUUAUUGGUUCUAGUUUCAUACUGAAGAAGAAAGGACUUUUGAAACUGGCAGACAAAGGAGUCCCCCGAGCUGGCCAAGGCGGAUAUUCUUACUUGAAGGAAUGGCUUUGGUGGGCAGGAUUGCUAUCAAUGGGAUUAGGAGAAGCUGCAAACUUUGCUGCCUAUGCGUUUGCACCUGCAACCUUAGUUACUCCCUUGGGUGCACUGAGUGUUCUCAUAAGUGCUAUAUUAUCAUCCUAUUUUUUAAAUGAGAAGCUGAAUAUUCAUGGAAAGCUGGGCUGUGUACUGAGCAUUUUGGGGUCAACAGUCAUGGUUAUUCAUGCCCCUGAGGAGGAGGAGGUCAGCUCACUAGAUGAGAUGGAAAGAAAGCUGCAAGAUCCAGCAUUUGUUACAUUUGCUGUUCUACUAACAGUUGUUGCCCUCAUGCUGAUUUUUAUUGUGGCUCCAAGGAGAGGCCAGACAAAUAUUCUGAUUUACAUUCUAAUUUGCUCACUCAUUGGUGCCUUCUCUGUCUCGUCUGUGAAAGGCCUGGGCAUCGCCAUUAAACAAAUGCUGGAGCAGAAGCGAGUGUAUCAACAUCCAUUGGUUUACGUUUUGGUGGGCGUCUUAGUGCUUUCAGUCAGCACGCAGAUCAACUAUCUCAACAAAGCAUUGGAUGUGUUCAAUACAUCUUUAGUGACGCCUAUUUAUUACGUGUGUUUCACCACAACGGUUGUGACAUGCUCCAUCAUCCUGUUCAAGGAAUGGAGUAGUAUGGACCAGGGCGAUAUCAUUGGAACCCUGAGUGGUUUCUGCACUAUCCUCAUUGGUAUUUUUCUACUGCACACCUUCAAAAAUACUAACAUCACCUGGAAUCAGUUGAUGUCCACUGUUGCCAAAGAAUCAUCAUUACCACACCGAGAAUACGAAACUUGUCACACCUUACUGGAGAGCAUGGAAGACCCUGCUUUGGCAUACGAGGAGGACAAUGUUUUAUUCAGCCAAUGA